UUCAAUUUUCCAAAUCAAACGUCUUUAUUCUACAGCCCUGCCCUGUAGUUACGAGUCAGUCGCUUCUUUCUCUCACAGGCUUCGCUGCAAACUGCUAAGUGGUUUCUGAUUUAUGGCUAUGGGAACGGAAUCCUCUAGAGGAACAGGAUUUCCCUAACAGUUAUUCAAAUUGUUAGUAAAAGGCGACCGAACCGCCUCCAAGAGUCCUAUGGCCACCACCAACAUAACCCCCAAAUUCCUCGCCGCAGCCCAGCCCACUGCGUCUCAUCUCCAGGUCUCUGAGCCCGGACUUUGCAGUUCUGUCCCUCGCAGCUCCCUUCUUUGAGGCAGACAGAGUAUCUCUUGAGCAUCAUCGGAACGUUUCGCCCCAGCACAGGGAGCAGGAACCCGCUUGCUUUUAACCGGGCGAGUCCGCGGAGGGUUGGUGGACAUGGGCCGUACGGAAAACACGGAAUCGAAGCCGGACAGAUCCCUCCUCCUUCCUCUGCCGGGCGGGGCUGGGAACCCCGGAAUGCGAAUGCUGCCCGGGAUGCUUUGACAUACCGGGUGAGGUCGGAGCGCGAGGGCCCUUUAAGCAGGAGCGCGGGGCGCGGCCCAGGUACGGGGCGGGCCCAGGGGCGGGCGGGCGCUGAGCCGCCGCUGGUCCGGGAGCCGGAUUUGGAGCGCGGCGCCGGCGGGGGCCGAAGGGGGCGGCGCGGCGGACCUCGGUGGCCUCGGACGCUCCUCCUCGUGAGCGGCCGCCGCCCGCCUCCGCCCGCGCUAGCAGCUCCCUCGCCCCGGCCUGCACCCGCUGCCGCUCCAGGUCGCUCACCUGGGACGCGCUCACCUGGGACGCGGUGCGGCCGCUCGCACUUGGGCCAGGAUGAAGGACCGGCUGGAGCAGCUGAAGGCCAAACAGCUGACACAGGAUGAUGACACUGACGAGGUUGAGAUUGCCAUCGACAAUACAGCCUUCAUGGAUGAGUUCUUCUCUGAGAUUGAGGAAACUCGGCUCAACAUUGACAAGAUCUCAGAGAGUGUGGAGGAAGCUAAGAAACUCUACAGUAUCAUUCUCUCUGCACCGAUUCCAGAGCCAAAGCGUCUGUAGACUCCUCUCCUAUGUCCUGAGAUUGAGCACACAUGAAACCAAAGAUGACCUUGAACAGCUCACGAGUGAGAUCAAGAAAAGGGCCAACAACGUCCGGAACAAGCUGAAGAGCAUGGAGAAGCAUAUUGAAGAAGAUGAUGUCCGGUCAUCAGCAGACCUUCGCAUCCGAAAGUCCCAGCAUUCCGUCCUCUCCCGGAAGUUUGUGGAAGUGAUGACAAAGUACAACGAGGCUCAGGUGGACUUCCGUGAACGCAGCAAAGGGCGCAUCCAACGGCAGCUUGAAAUUACUGGCAAGAAGACAACAGAUGAGGAGUUGGAAGAGAUGCUGGAGAGUGGUAACCCUACCAUCUUCACUUCUGGAAUCAUCGACUCGCAGAUUUCCAAGCAAGCCCUCAGUGAGAUUGAGGGUCGGCACAAGGACAUCGUGAGGCUGGAGAGCAGCAUCAAGGAGCUCCAUGACAUGUUUAUGGACAUCGCCAUGCUGGUGGAGAAUCAGGGAGCCAUGAUUGACCGUAUUGAGAACAACAUGGACCAGUCAGUGGGCUUUGUGGAACGGGCUGUGGCAGAUACCAAAAAGGCUGUGAAGUAUCAGAGUGAAGCCCGGAGGAAGAAGAUCAUGAUCAUGAUCUGCUGUAUUAUCCUUGCCAUCAUCUUGGCCUCUACCAUUGGGGGCAUAUUUGCCUGAAAAAGGUGAGCUGUCUGGGGAGGGUCAGGCCUGCUGUCACUUACUUGACAGCUUGUAUUCUGCUUGCUUUCACUGUCACCAGACUGCCUAAUAAGGGAUGGAGGUUAGGCGCAGGAAUAGGUGAAUGUUAGAGAAACCAAGGAAAGGGAUGUUUUGGAGAGAAGUAGGUGAACAAUAUUUGGGAGUAGGUAGUCAUUGAGGGAGAUGGGGAGACAAGGUAAAAGUCUGUCCCAUGAUUGAGUCUGGUAGUAUAGUGCUUCUGAACAGCAAGGGAUGUUCAUUUCUCCUGUAAAAUCUGAGCCCUUGUAUCUGGAAGUGGUAAAAGGAGUAAGUAAGAAUUAAGUUUUUCAUUGACCUUACUUUAAAAUCCCUUACUUCCAAGGUUAGAACAAGCCAGUACAGUUUUGAGAAUAGUUUCUCACCCUUGCAAAGGAGAGGUGGUACCCUGGCCGUGAAUACCAUGCUGUGUAAUACGGUUUUUUUUUUUUUUCCGUUUUCUGUUACUUCCUUCUGCUCUCACAGAUGGAAUCUCAACAGGCAUCUCCAAUCUUCCACCUCUCUGGUGCCAUCACUUCUCCCCUUCAGAGUCCUCAACAGCUAUGCCUCUUUUCAUUAGGAAAUGUAUAACACAUGGUACCACUCAACUGCUUAUUACAUAUUACACAAAGGGGGAACAAAUUAAUGAAAAUGCAGAAGUGAAGGGGAUAUGGGUGAAGGAACAGGAAGCAUAGCAAUAUGUUGCUGGUUUAGAUGGUCUUUACAGGGCAGACCUGUUGGUAGAGAAGCAUAAUGGGUCCCUGUUUGGGUACAACACAGAGAGCCUGAAUACUGGAUGAUGGUGAAGAGGUGGGUAUUAUACAGUGCCCAACUCAUAGGGUCUUAAUUGAACUCUGUGAGUCUGUGUCUUAGAUCAUGGUACUCAACUUCUACUCUUAAGGCUCUUCCAGGCCUCAACCUUAACCAACCAGAUGUCUGCUUCCUUCCUGAGGGUCUAAAAAUAUUUGAAAGCAUAGACUGUUUUCGGCACCAUGCCUAUCUUAACACUACCAUGUACCUACUGUUUAGCAUAGGUAACUACUUUCACAUAUUUGCUUACUUGUAGUCAAGCUUUGAUUUCAGAGAUGAGUUCUUAGGCUGGGUUUUUUAAGUUAUUGAGAUGGUUUAUUACUAUCAGAGGCUUAUGCAAAAAUGCCACAACCCCCAUUACUAUAUCAUAUACUUUACAGUGAUUUUUUUUUUUUUGGUAGGGGGGUGGUAAAUAGAAGUUGGGUUUCUAUUGGUGGUAUAGAUUUCUAUUAAUAGACUCUCAUUUGUGAGGCAGAGAUGGUGGUUGGUUUUAGGAUGAACGCUCAUUAACUAAAUCUAUUCCUCCAACAAAACAAAGACGUUUAUAAUAUGAUUCAGCUCCCAAUAGCCAACCAAACCAGCACACUUUGUGAUCUGGAACAAUGGGAGGUGUAAGGGGAAAAAAAUGUGAUCAGGCUAUUACUUCAGAUCACACCAUAUCUGUGUUAGCAGAAACUGCUGGUCAGUGACAGGUACAAGAAACUGGUUCAAGCACAUCUCCAAUCCAAGGUUUCCAUUUAAAAUAAUUUAUUUAGAGAUUAUUACAUUGAAGACAUUAAGAUAAAUUAAAAAUCUGGGAGUAAAAAUAUCCUUUUGAAAAUAAGUGAAAUACUUCUGUUCUUUGUGGAGAUCUUACUUUUUAAGAAACUGGAUGGAAAAACAAUGUUUUGUCAGUGCGCUGUUUUCUACCCACCUUCAGAAGCAAGAGGUUUAGUACUUCUAUCAACUCAUGUUUCCUUUAGUUUGAAUAUGGGAUACUGACUAGCUCAGAGAAAUAGAUUAAUCUUGUUACGGACAAAUGGAGCUGGAACCAUGAAGUUUGGAUCACACGGGACCCUCAUUUAUCCAGCAGUAACUUGUGUACUCCACAUACCUUAGAUGCUGAAGGGACACAGGGAGCCAAAAUGCUAGAUAGUUUCAGACCUAGUAAGCACAAAAGGUUUCAACUUUUGUUAUUAGUUCUUUUGCUAAAUGGUACAUUCCUUGUCAUAUUUCAUGUUUCCCCUUCUGAGAAUGACAGAAGAUGGGUAGCUGGGCAUUAAUAAAUAUCUGUUGAACCUA